AUGGAGACGGGAGGAGGAGUCGGGGUCGGAGCCGGCGCCGGAGCAAACUACAAUCCCCGGACGGUGGAGGAAGUCUUCAGGGACUUCAAAGGCCGGCGAGCUGGUUUGAUUAAAGCGCUCACUAAUGAUGUUGAAGACUUCUAUCAUCAGUGCGAUCCUGAGAAGGAAAACCUGUGCUUGUAUGGGUUUCCAAGUGAACAAUGGGAAGUUAAUUUGCCAGCUGAAGAAGUGCCGCCUGAGCUUCCAGAACCUGCCUUGGGUAUUAACUUUGCAAGGGAUGGCAUGCAAGAAAAGGACUGGCUAUCUUUAGUUGCUGUGCACAGCGAUGCAUGGUUGCUUUCUGUUGCAUUCUAUUUUGGAGCCAGAUUUGGAUUUGAUAAAGCUGACAGGAAGAGGCUCUUCAAUAUGAUAAAUGAAUUUCCAACAAUAUUCGAGAUCGUAUCUGGUGCAGUCAAGAAACAAUCCAAGGAGAAGUCAUCUGUCUCAAACCACAGCAGCAACAAAUCGAAGUCGAACUCCAAAGGGCGGGAUUCCCAAGUGAAGUACGCAAGAAUGGCACAGCCCAAGGACGACGAUGAAGGCUUGGACGACGACGAAGAAGACGAGGAGGAGCAUGGAGACACACUGUGCGGUGCCUGCGGAGAGAACUACGCAUCUGACGAGUUCUGGAUCUGCUGUGACAUCUGCGAGAAGUGGUUCCAUGGCAAGUGUGUGAAGAUCACACCAGCGAGGGCCGAGCACAUCAAGCAGUACAAGUGCCCCUCAUGCAGCAACAAAAGAGCUCGCCCUUGA